CACGCCCUCCCCCGCCAACCACGGUACUGCUAUUGGGCCACGUGUGGACUGACUGCGGCCGCAUCCAAUAGAAAGCCAAGCGUGGCGGAAAAGGGCGGAGCCGGGCAGAUGUGCGUGAAGGAGCUGGGACAGCUUUAGUGAGAGACCUGGAAUAUCUUCUCAAGGGGACUCACGAAGUAACCGGUACGAGCCAAAGAUGUCGUUUGCCAGUGACGAGCUGUAUAACGGCUACCUGAGGAAGAACAUGCCGACCAUUGUGAGCAAGGUGAAAGUGAGAGAGAUCGUGGUCCAUUUGGCCUGCCUGACUGCUCACGACAGGGAGACGGUGGAGGCCAAGAGAGAAAUGUGCGGCAAUUACGACAGCAUGGUUCUUCUUCUGGACUGCCUAAAGAGGAGGGAGAGCUGGCCGGAGCAUUUUAUCCAAGCGCUGGAGCUGUGCGAGUACAGAACCAUCGCGGCUGAGGUCCGGGCAGAAUAUGAUGCUUUGAGAGGUGCCAACAAUGCCAACUGCAGCUCCCCUCCACCUGCCGCAGUAAAGGUUCAUGUCCAUCCAGCACCAUCCACCCCUCCCCUCAAGCCCGGUGGUCACAGCCCGGCUGCUGCUGCUCCGCCAUCACCACCGCAGGCCACCCCUAAUGCCACCCCUAAUGCCACCCCACCUCCGGUAACCAGAGCACAGCCUGAACCUUCCACUGCGACUCCACCGCCUGCGCCCGAGCCUCCGCGUGCCACCGCAACACCGCCCGUGAUGCCACCUCCCUCACCCGAUAGAGCACGUUCACAAGAGAUCGCAGAACCACAGAAACCACAUCAGGCUCUCCAGGAGCCAGACGAGUACUCUGAAUCCGACUUCCAGGGUAUUUUGUCUCCUGAUCCUGACGGAGUGAGUGCCAACGAGGUUCCGGUUGGCUGCGCCGCAUCUCCGCAACCCGACGAAGCAGCUGAACAGGGUGACACUGAAAGUCCCAUCGUUUCGGAUGUGACCGAAACGAUGGUACUGACGCCCGAGAGGUUCCCCGUGCAGGACACCAACUUUCCUGCGGACAAGAUCCCCGAUGUUGACUCAAAGCCAAAAGAAAAUUCAGAACCUCCAGCUACACGGACUGUCACCUGCUGCACGCAGACAGGAAGUACAUCCACAAGCUGUGCCCGUCCGGCUGGAGAAGACGAGACCGCAUGCCUGAGCCCUCCCCACACCCUCCUCACCAUGCAACCACAAGAGGGCAGCGACACCACACCCACCUUGACCUCCAUGCCCUACUCGGGAAAUUCUGACCGUCUGGAAUUAAGCGACUCUGUACAGAACUCCGAGACAGCCGACCCCGAGGAAACCCACCUGGAAGAGGAGGAGGUGCAGGUGAACGUGGUGCACGUCGUCCAGCAGCCGUCUGUCCUCAACCUCGAUGGCCAGCACAUUGGCAACGGCGAAGCCUCCAAAGACGUCGCUUCUGCUGCCCAAGAGCAAGUGAGUACCCCCUCUGGAGAAAAGUGCAGCAACCCCGAGGUGAUGCCUGCUGACAUUGCCGCCAAGAAACCCGCCCAUCGCAGGCUCGGCACCAACGCAAAGUACGUCAUGACAGCAGUGGCCGUGGGCAGUUUGGCACUGUUGAUGGCGUGGAAGUUGAAGCAUUAAGGUGGAGAUCAGGUUUUGGAGAGCGGAAGCGUGCCUUAUUGCUGUGGCUCGUCAUUGGUGAGUGUAUGGUGUGUGUGUGUGUGUGUGUGUGUGUGUAGUAGUUUCUCAAAAGUGUUGUAUCCGUUAAUGACAGAAAUGUUUCCUAAGCACUUUGUUGAUGAGGCUGGUGGCUAUUAGAUAUUAUAGAUAUUAUCUUUAUUUAUUGGACAUAGCUGGAUCCUUGAAAUAGAUACUUUUUAAAGCACCCCAAAGUAUAGCUGAAUUUGCACAAAAAACUCCUGUCAAGCGUCAAUGAUUUCAUUGGCGAAAGCAAUAAAAGGUUGAAACAAGAUGGAGUGAAACAUCCAAGAGGUGUAAGAACGUAAGAAAGCGGUGAAUACUUUAAUAGGCAUUGCAGUACUUAGCUUUCCCUUUUAUGUUGACUUUUUUAGCAUUACAGUUGAACCUCUAAGGUCAGGAUGCCGGUCAUAUUUCCAAAUUUUCACAAAUCCAUUACAGUCUGUCGCCAUCGUGCAAUAUUUUGUACUGCACGACGGUGUAUCCAUUUAACAUGAAUUGUGUAAAAAAAAAAAAAAAAAAAAAGUAAAAAGACGCCAUGCCUGACUGUAGAGGUUGCACUGUAUUUUUAAAGACUGCUGUUUAACUACAUCGUUUUAAAUGUUACUUCGCAGUGAUUGUUGCUCAUUCAUGUUUGGAUUUUUAAUAGAAAUUAACUUUUGAUGUGAAGUUUUUUCAUCAUUUCAUGCUACAUGUCCAAGUGAGACAGAGGGUGCUCAAGGUGAAUUACUAUGGCGGGUACUGUUGCUUCUUACUGGUGUCAAUCUGAUGUGUAAAUAUGUAUGACUGCUCCCACAUAACUAGUGUCAUUGUAAAUAUUGUUGUAAAUAGUACAAUAAAAUAUUAUAGCAAACAUUUGA